UAGCGGAAGAAAGUUGCGGGCAGAGUUUCCCGAGGGGGGUGCUUCUUCGGGCUCCCUGAUUGGUCCUUGUCCGGCCCCUUCAGGGUGGCAGCAGAGCACCGCGCCUUGGUGGGGCCGACCGUCUGGGGAGCCUCUGGCCGCAGAAUGGAGCAGGCAGCGCCUAAAAGCAAGCUUAAAAAGCUCAGUGAAGACAGCUUGACUAAACAGCCUGAAGAAGUAUUUGAUGUCUUGGAGAAGCUUGGUGAAGGGUCUUAUGGCAGUGUAUUUAAAGCUAUUCAUAAGGAAUCUGGACAAGUUGUAGCAAUUAAGCAAGUCCCUGUUGAAUCAGAUCUACAGGAAAUAAUUAAAGAAAUUUCUAUAAUGCAACAAUGUGACAGCCCUUAUGUUGUCAAGUACUAUGGCAGCUAUUUUAAGAACACAGACCUCUGGAUUGUUAUGGAGUACUGUGGAGCUGGUUCUGUCUCUGACAUAAUUAGAUUACGAAAUAAAACGCUUACAGAAGAUGAAAUUGCAACCAUUCUUAAAUCUACCCUUAAAGGACUUGAAUAUUUGCACUUCAUGAGAAAAAUACAUAGAGAUAUAAAGGCUGGGAAUAUUCUCUUGAAUACUGAAGGGCAUGCCAAGCUAGCUGAUUUUGGAGUAGCUGGACAGUUAACUGAUACAAUGGCAAAACGCAAUACUGUCAUAGGUACUCCAUUUUGGAUGGCUCCAGAAGUAAUACAAGAAAUUGGUUAUAACUGUGUGGCAGACAUCUGGUCCCUUGGUAUUACUUCAAUAGAAAUGGCUGAAGGAAAGCCACCGUAUGCUGAUAUUCAUCCAAUGAGGGCAAUUUUUAUGAUUCCCACAAAUCCCCCUCCAACAUUCCGGAAGCCAGAGCUUUGGUCUGAUGAAUUCACUGACUUUGUGAAGAAAUGUUUAGUGAAAAAUCCUGAGCAAAGAGCUACUGCAACUCACCUUCUACAGCAUCCUUUUAUUAAAAAUGCCAAGCAAGUCUCAAUUCUGAGAGACCUGAUUACUGAAGCUAUGGAAAUUAAGACCAAAAAGCAUGAAGAACAACAGAGGGAACUGGAAGAAGAGGAUGAAAACUCGGAUGAAGAUGAGCUCGAUUCCCACACCAUGGUGAAGACUACAUCUGAUAGUGCCGGUACAAUGAGGGCCACAAGUACAAUGAGUGACAGUGCUCAGACCAUGAUUGAACAUAACAGCACCAUGCUAGAAUCGGAUUUGGGGACCAUGGUAAUAAACAGUGAUGAUGAUGAUGAUGAUGAAGAAGAUGAAGAUGGAACCAUGAAAAGAAAUGCUACAUCACCACAAGCUCAGCGACCUUCAUUUAUGGACUAUUUUGAUAAACAGGAUUCCAAAAAUAAGGCCAAUGAAAACUGCAACCAGAAUAUACACGAAUCUUAUCACAUAUCGAAGAACGUUUUCCCUGAUAACUGGAAAGUUCCCCAGGAUGGUGACUUUGAUUUUGUAAGUUCUUAUGUACAGUUUGCUUUCCUAAUGUGAAUAUUGUGAAUAUUGUUGAUUUAAUAUUUCUGCAGGAUACAAGUAUAUACUUCCAUCUUUUUCUUUCUGGUUGGGAAUUAUGUGAACAUGCUGUAUAUCUUCAGCACAUAUUACAUUAUGCACUGUGUUAAACAUACAGUAAUAGCAUAUAUUCAUAUGGAAUAUUGCUUUCUGUAAUAGGAGACUUAAAUCUUCAAAUAGAAGUAGCCUGGUCUUUCUCUUUGGUUUCCUGUCUCUAAACUGAUAAUCUCAUACAUUUGGGACUAAGUGUAAUACUUUAUUCCCAUAUUCUCUAAAAUACAGUUCCUAUGUACAGUAUGUGUGUUUAGAAUCAUUUCUUCCUACACUGGAGGAAAGCCUGUUUCAGUCCAAAGAUUUUAAACUUGGAAUCAGGAAACAAUUUUUGAAUUACUAUGAAAUAUUAGAAAGUCCUUGAAAUUAUUUCAUGUGCAGAAAACAGAAGAAAGAU